AUGAGCUCAGCAAGUGAUAAGGAGGUCGUCGCGCAGCCAGAUGAGAAAGAGAGCUUAGAAUUAAAUACUGAAAGUGCAGGAAGUCGAAUUUGUAGGGAGGAGGAUAAGAGUAUGACUGAUAAACGGGCAGAGGAUCCUAUACUUAUUGAUUCUUGUCCCUCAAGUAGUUGCUCGCCUCCGUCACCGCUGGACCGUCCCAAGCGCCAAAGAAAACUGGUUUUGAGAUAUGGAAUAGAUUCC